AUGAGUGACCCAGUCGUCGAUUCUAAAGCGCCUACCGGCCCUAAUGUCGAGCUCGAGGACGGCUUGACACAGGUCGAAAAUGUCUACAACCUUGAUGAGAAGGCGAAUGUCGCCGAUUACAAGGCGGAUGCCGUGGAGGCAGAGAAUGCGGAGCACAACAUGACGGUGAUUGAGGCUGUUAAGGCGUACCCUAUGGCUUCCUUUUGGGCGUUUGUCAUGUCCUGCACUAUUGUUAUGGAGUCCUACGAUGUCUUCCUGAUCGGCAAUUUCGUCGCCUUGCCUGCGUUCAAGAUGAAGUACGGUGUAGACCAUGGCCCAGAACUCGGGCAUGUGAUCGAGACCAAGUGGCAGUCUGCGCUUCAAGUGUCUGGACAGCUCGGUGCCCUUAUUGGGGUCUUCCUAGCUGGUCCCCUCACCAGCCGUAUCGGAUACCGUUACGCGACCUUGACCGGCCUCAUGCUCCUAAACGUCUUCAUCUUCGCUUUCUACUUCGCCAACUCGCUUCCAGUUAUUUUCGUGUCCCAACUUCUCGAGGGUAUUCCAUGGGGUAUCUUCAUUGCCAACGCCCCCGCAUACUGCAGUGAGAUCGUACCGAUCAAGCUGCGUGCCCCUGCCACCCAGAUGCUGCAGAUGUUCUGGGCCAUUGGCAGUAUUAUCGUUGGCGCCGUCACCUACCGUUACGCCAACAACAAGAACCCAGUCGCCUACCAAGUUCCCAUUGCGCUCCAAUGGAUGUUCCCCACCCCGCUCGCUAUCCUCAUCUAUUGCGCACCUGAGUCGCCCUGGUGGCUUGUUCGCAAGGGACGCCUGGAAGAGGCAGCACACUCAGUCGGGCGUCUUGGACGCAGGUCGAGACUGAACCCCAAUGAGACUGUUGCCAUGAUGCGUCGUGUCAUUGAUCUCGAGAAAUCCGAGAAGGAGCCCAACCACUUGGAGCUGUUCAAGGGCACUGAUCUCUACCGUACCUUAAUUGUGUGCGGUGUGUACGCCGCACAGAAUCUUACGGGUAACCUUAUCGCUAACCAGGCCGUCUACUUCUUCCAACAGGCCGGCAUGAGUGACCAAACUGCGUUUGCCAUGGGUCUUAUCACCUCGGCACUUCAGAUGAUCUUCGUUGCUCUUUCCUGGGUCCUCACCACAUACUUUGGCCGUCGUUCUAUCUACCUCUGGGGUUCGGCCAGUAACACUAUCCUGCUGGUUUGUCUCGGUAUUGCAGCCUCGUGUGGCAAGUCGAACGCAGCUACGUUGGCGCAGGCAUCCUUGGGUCUCAUUAUCUCCGUCCUGUUCACCCUGGGACCCGCGCCCGCCUCGUGGGUCAUUAUUGGAGAGACCUCGGCCAUCCGCCUCAGGCCUCUUACGACCGGUAUUGGACGUGCUUCAUACUACAUCGUUGAGAUUCCUUGCAUCUUCCUCGGAAGUUACAUGCUCAACCCCACGGGCGGAAACCUUGGCGGCAAGUGCGGUUAUGUCUGGGGUUUCACCGGCUUUGUCUGCUUGGUCACGGCAUUCUUCUAUCUGCCUGAGAUGAAGGGUCUCUCCUACCGUGAGAUUGACAUCUUGUUCAACCGUAAGAUCCCAGCCCGCAAAUGGAAGGAGACAGUUGUCGAUGUGCAGGACGACGAGUAG